AAUUCCCAUUAAACCUUACAGAGUAAAUAAUCCUUCUACUUCAUCUGAAGAACAUUGAAGACACUUAAGUUCAUAGUCAUCGACUUACAACUGUUACCAAUUUUAAAUAAGCAAAUACAACAGACACGUUAGAAAAAAGAGAACGUGUACGACUUGUAGUAACAGAAAAUGCCACGUUCAAAUGUCAGGUUGUGAUCUCAUAGGUUUAAGCAAUGAACUUUUAAAAAGGUACAUGCUUGAAUGCUCUAUGAUUAAACCUAUUCAUGUGGUAAAAAAGAAAGCAAAUAGCUUUGCGCUCAUUCAUUUCAAAACGGAGAUCGAUGCUUCUACCUUUUACCAUAUAUAUUGUCUUCAAGAAAAGGCUGUGUGUCCGAGAUUAGAAGAGGUGAAAGUAAAUCCAAGUUUGAUAGGAAGUCAUCCAGUUAUCUAUAGUUCCUUUCAGGUGCAACGACGAAUCACUUCCUCGAGCAAAUUUCUGUGCCGUUGCCCUCCUAUUAACACUGGCAAUAGCAAUAGCAACCCCACAUCCAACACAAACUCAAACGAUACCAGUGCUGACCCAUCAGCUUCAACCACAAUCAAUAGCAAUAGCAAUAGCAACCUCAAAUUUAUCACUAAUUCAAACAAUAUUGAUGAUUGGCACGACGAUAUUGAGGCGGCAAAGCUGAAAAUACGUUGA